AAACCAUGAAUUAUGUGGGACAGCUGGCUGGGCAGGUGAUUGUCACUGUGAAGGAACUCUACAAAGGCAUUAACCAAGCCACUCUGUCCGGAUGCAUCGAUGUCAUUGUGGUACGGCAGCAGGAUGGCACCUAUCAGUGUUCGCCAUUUCACGUUCGGUUCGGGAAGCUGGGAGUCCUGAGAUCCAAGGAGAAAGUGAUUGAUAUAGAAAUCAAUGGCGAUGCAGUGGAUCUUCACAUGAAACUGGGUGACAAUGGAGAAGCUUUCUUUGUGGAGGAGACUGAAGAGGAAUAUGAAAAGCUUCCUGCUUACCUUGCCACCUCACCAAUUCCUACUGAAGAUCAGUUCUUUAAAGAUAUUGACACCCGUUUGGUGAAAUCUGGUGGAAAUGAAAGACCAUCUCAGAGUUCAGACAUCUCACACAUCUUGGACACGGAGAGAGUUUUUGCACCAAGUUCUGUGAAAAAAAAAAAACGAAGGAGAAAGAAAUGUAAACAGGACAGUAAGAAGGAAGACCAGGCCACUUGCCCUGCUGCGGAGGACACCGUGGAUGUGAACCUGAGUUCUGACGAUGACAAGGGGGCCCAGUCAGCAAGAGGAUCCUCAAAUGCUUCCUUAAAGGAAGAAGAAUAUAAAGAGCCUUUGCUUUUCCAUUCUGGGGAUCACUACCCCUUAUCUGAUGGAGACUGGUCCCCUUUAGACAACGCCUAUUCCCCAACGGCAGUGUGUCCUAAGAGCGAUUCAGAGCUGGAGGUGAAACCUGCCGAGAGCCUGCUCAGAUCUGAGUCCCACAUGGAGUGGACGUGGGGCGGGUUCCCAGAGUCCACCAAGGUCAGCAAAAGAGACAGAUCUGACCAUCAUCCUAGGACAGCUACGAUUACACCGUCAGAAAAUACCCAUUUUCGGGUAAUUCCAAGUGAGGACAGCCUCAGCAGUGAGGUUGAAAAGGAUGCUACCAUGGGAGAAACGGUCUGUACCAUAGUGAAACCCAAACCCAGAGCCCUGUGUAAGCAGAUGAGCGAUGCAACUAGAGGUGCAGGACUUGUCGAACCUCUCCUGGAGCCACCUCCGAUUUCAUCUAUGUUAGAUGCAGACCACCUUCCUAACCCCUUGUUGCUGGAGGCUCCCUCAGAAUCAAAACCAGCAGCUAAGGUAGACUCGCCGUCAAAGAAGAAAGGUGUCCACAAGAGAAGCCAACACCAGGGACCUGAUGAUAUUUACCUAGAUGAUUUAAAGGCUCUAGAACCUGAAGUUGCAGCUCUCUAUUUCCCUAAAAGUGAAUCAGACCCCGUCUCCAGGCAGUGGCCCGAGUCUGACACGCCUUCUGGCUCCCAGUCCCCACAGUCCGUGGGAAGCGCGGCCGCUGAUAGUGGCACUGAGUGCCUCUUGGAUUCUACCAUGGACUUGCCCGACGUCACCCUCUCCCUUUGUGGGGGCCUCAGUGAGAACGGAGAAAUUUCUAAAGAAAAAUUCAUGGAGCAUAUCAUUACUUAUCAUGAAUUUGCAGCAAACCCUGGACUUAUAGACAAUCCUAACCUUGUAAUACGGAUAUAUAACCGUUACUAUAACUGGGCUUUGGCUGCUCCCAUGAUCCUUAGCUUGCAAGUGUUCCAGAAGAGUUUGCCUAAGGCCACAGUCGAGUCCUGGGUCAAAGAUAAGAUGCCAAAGAAAUCUGGUCGCUGGUGGUUUUGGCGUAAGAGAGAAAGCAUGACCAAACAGCUGCCGGAGGCCAAGGAAGGGAAAUCCGAGGUGCUGCCGACAAGUGACCUGCCGUCAGGCGCAAAGGAGCCGGCCAGUGGCAGGUCAGCCGAGGAUGACUCUUCGAGUGACGAGGGAUCACAGGAGCUCGAGGAAUCAAUCAAAGUGGACCCUGUCCCCACAGAGCCCCCGAGCCACAGCGGCACGACCUCAUAUAAGAAGUCUCUUCGACUCUCCUCAGACCAGAUUGCAAAACUGAAGCUCCAAGAUGGCCCAAAUGAUGUUGUGUUUAGUAUUACAACCCAGUAUCAAGGUACCUGCCGCUGCGCAGGGACCAUUUACCUGUGGAACUGGAAUGACAAGGUCAUCAUUUCAGAUAUCGAUGGAACAAUAACUAAGUCUGAUGCUUUGAGACAGAUUCUUCCACAGCUGGGUAAAGACUGGACUCAUCAGGGUAUAGCAAAGCUCUACCAUUCCAUCAACGAGAAUGGCUACAAAUUUCUGUACUGUUCCGCCCGUGCCAUCGGCAUGGCUGACAUGACCCGUGGCUACCUACACUGGGUCAAUGACAAGGGCACGAUCUUGCCCCGGGGCCCUCUGAUGCUGUCCCCCAGCAGCUUGUUCUCGGCCUUCCACAGGGAAGUGAUAGAAAAGAAACCAGAGAAGUUCAAAAUUGAGUGUCUGAAUGACAUCAAGAAUCUGUUUGCCCCGUCUAAGCAGCCCUUCUACGCUGCCUUUGGAAACCGUCCCAAUGAUGUCUAUGCUUACACACAAGUUGGAGUUCCAGACUGCAGAAUAUUCACUGUGAACCCCAAGGGUGAAUUAAUACAAGAAAGGACCAAAGGAAACAAGUCAUCGUAUCACAGACUGAGCGAGCUCGUGGAGCAUGUAUUCCCACUCCUCAGUAAGGAACAGAAUUCCGCAUUUCCAUGCCCAGAGUUCAGCUCCUUCUGCUACUGGCGAGACCCGAUCCCCAAAGUGGACCUGGAUGACCUGGCCUGAGGUGGCACCUCAGGAGGAGGCCCUCAGUCACUCGCCUGGAGCAAGGGAAAGCGACGGGCGGUUCUGCUGGACAGAGGACACUGGGCUCUCCUCUGAGCCACAGGUGUGGAACAGGACACAUGUUACCAGGCAGGUGCUGGCACGGACAGAGAGAGCUCCUGGAGCUGGAGCUGCCGCCCUCCUUUGCCUCCAUGGACUUGGCCGGGUCGCAGCUCAGUGCAGCUCAGCGCCCCGGCGGGACAAGUGAGGGAGCUUGGACCUGAGCUUGGAGGCUGGGCACCUGUCACUGGUUCGUCCUCACACAUGCUCUGUGUCAAGUUGUAUACUGGGUGCUCCUUUAACUGAAUAAUUUAAAAGGAAGAAAAAAGAA